UAUUUUCUGAAAAAAUUAUUUUGGUUUUUUGAAUUUCUUGCCAAGAUGCUUUUCAUGCCGUCACAGAGCCCGCCAGGCAGCCGACUGCUAAAGAUAGCGGUGGUCGGUUUCCCCAAUGUCGGCAAGUCGUCAUUGGUUAACAUGCUCACCAACUGGCGAGUUUGUGCUGUUUCCGGUAAAGCCCACACCACUCGCUCCAAACAGACUGUUGUCUUCAUGAAGGAUAACAUCCAACUAGUAUUUGUCGACCUCCCGGGACUGGUAUCAAAGAGACAAGUCCGACAGUUUAAAUUGGAGCGCACGUUCAUUCGAGACCCACACGCUACCAUCUUUGAUGCCAAUUUGAGUAAGUUGUCGGAGGCACUUGACCCAGAAGUCCUCAAAACCCUCCACUUCUUCUCCACAAAGGAGUCUGUUCUCGUUUUGAACAAGGUGUGUUUCUUUGUAAUCUAG